CCAUGUUAUAACUUUGGUACAAAAUUUUAUUACCUUUUGUUAAUAUUCAAACAACAUAUUGUAAUGGAGUUUUCUUCAUGGUUUUGGUUCUUCACAGGGUUAAUCUUAAUGGUUUUGCAGCAGUUGUUAUGGAAUAGAAUCUUGUAUGCUAAUGGAUGCUAUACGUCCAUCUUUAGCUUUGUCGACUCCGUAGCCGACACGGGUAAUGUUAAACAACUCGCCGCCAUAUCCCACAAAGAUGUUCAGUCUCUUCAGUUUCCUUACGGUGAAACCUUCUUUCAUAAACCCACCGGUAGUGCCUCUAGAGGACACCUCAUCAUCGAUUUCCUGGCUGAGAGUCUUGGGUUGCUACUAAUACUACCGUUUAUGCAUGGUGCUGAGAGUGACAAUGUGGUGGCAUUGGGACCAGGAGUUAAUUAUGCAGUUGUGGCAGCAACAGCAUUGGAUACAUCAUUUCUUGAAGCAAGAGGGAUUGUUGGUCCUAUAGCAAAAAAAUCUUUAGGAGUUCAAUUGACAUGGUUUAAGCCAUAA